UAUAAAGCGUCAGCGACGCCGGUAGCGGGGUCGAAAGUAAAAAUAUAGCUCGAUGGUAGCGUCUGCCAGAUCUCGAAUUGGUUGCAUUCGUGGUCUAUCAUACUCCUCAAGAUGCGUCACCUUACGAUCCGGCUCCUGGCCCUUUGCGGCUUGGCGACUGUCGCAAGUUGCGAAGACCGACGAUACUCGACGUGGAUGCUGGACAGCAUCAAGCGCGGAAGCAGGGCAUCAUCUCGUCUGGUGAAUCAAGCAGUUUCCUGGAAACGGGCAUUCUCUCCAUCGCCAUGGAGGCUGCACUAAAGCAAUACCCGGAGCUCAAGGACCAAUACGUGCCUUACUUAGAGGAAGUUCUCAACGAGGGCACUCCCAGUUUGGUCAAUGCAACUUACGUCGCAACCCGACCUCUAGACCGCUUCUCGGUUGCAAACGCCAUCAACGCUAUUUCCAAGUCGGGAAUCGCGACGAUUUCGGACACGGCAUCAGCAGCAUCGAAAGCCAUCAACGAAUCUCUGUCGCUUCAAAUUCGCAAUCCUGUUGGAGGCUUCUGGUACUACGUCUACCCUCAAUGGAGUUACCUGGAUGGCAUGUUCUCUGUCCUGCCAUUCAUGGCCGCGCAGCCCCAGCCCAACUACACCGACAUCAGCUUGCAGGUUUCGCUGCUUUACGAGCACUGCUUCCAGAAAAACACCUCCUUGGUCGCCCACGGGUACGACUAUUCAAAGACUUCCGUCUGGGCAAACAAAGAGACGGGUGCGAGCCCGUAUGUAUGGGGCCGCGCCGUAGGCUGGUUCGUAGCAGGUUUGGUUCAGACGUGGGAAGCUCUCGACUGUCCCGCUGGAAAGCACGAGGCCAAGGCUGUGUGCAAGCAACUGCAAUACAUGACGACGCAAUUGGCUACGUCUCUCAUCCGCUACGCCGACCCCGAGACCGGCGUCUGGUGGCAAUUGACGACGUUCCCGGGACGCAGCGGCAACUACCUGGAGAGCUCUAGCACGGCCUUGUUUAUGUUCUCUAUGCUCAAGGGCGAGAGGCUUGGACUUCUGUCGAACUCGAAGGUUGACUUCAAGAAGGCAGCUUUGAAGGCCUAGGAUUAUACCACCCGAAACUUUGUUGUCGAUACUGGUAAUGGUACAAUCGGGUACAACAAGACAGUCGCUGUGUGCAGUCUCAACUCUACGGCAUCCUACGAAUAUUAUACUCACCAACCGCUCUUGCCGAACAGUCUUCUCGGAGAGUCAGCCUUCAUCUUGGCUUCUCUCGAGGUAGAAAGGAAGUAGCGAGCGAAGGCCCUGUUGCAACACUGCUAGAUAAUGUAAUCAUGUUCUGCACCUUUCUCUUAAUGAAGCCAUUUCGCAGAAUCAUCGAGCAUGCGUGAUUCCCAAGGUCUCUAAAUCCAGAUUCGAGUUUCUUCGGUGCCUAUUCGUUGGAUUCACGAGAGACCAGCCGAUAUGUUCACAUUGCAACCAGAUCCAAUGGCAUGUCGGGUUUCAGUGACCUGCCGAUUAAAACAUGGGGUAACAAUUCAUCUGCCUGGCUUACGAAGACCGUUUUGAG